AGCAGGAGUAUCCCACAAUGCCCUGGUCGGGGGCCGGAGAUGGAUGCUGCCUGCUGCACCCCGUGAGCUUCUGUUGAGCGGACUCUUGUUGUUGCCGCCGCAGCUCGUGCUGCCAUUUCCAGACGGUCACCUCGCACUAGCCGUUCGCGAUCACCAGCGCGUGCUCGACCGUGCGGCGAACACAAAUCCCCGCCGCUUUGGGUCCCUUCAACAACCACGACCAUAAAAAGGACGGACACUGUCUUCCAGCGAUACCCACCGUAUACCGUCUCUGUCUCCCGAAGUAGCCGCGGAGAGGGGGUCCAGUGCCAGCCGCAGCAUGAGCAUGGACCCCCUGGCCAAGCCCUGCCCGUCCCAGGCGGAGCACACCCUCGGGAACUUCAGCGGCCGGCUGACGGCGCUGGAAGCUGCUGGGGAGGACAGCGAGUCUGGCUGCGGCGAAGAGGAGGCCAUGGGGGGCAGCGAUACGUUCAGUAGCCUCGUCGAGAUGGAGGUGGAGACGCUGGAGCAGAAAUUAAAGGGUCUGGCUUUUAGGAAACAGACUUCGUAUAGGAAAGCCAUCUCGCGGUCGGGUCUCCAGCACUUGGCCCCGGUCCACAAAUCCAUGCCCCCCAUCACUAACGGACCUUCCAAGGAGAUACGCACGUCCGUCGAUUGGACA